GGACAAGGCUUCCGCUCAGGGCAGACCUGUGUGCUUAGAGACCCAAAAGUCUGCGGAGAAGUUCCCCCGGYGGGGGGCGUUUCGGGCCUCCUCUGCGCCCAGCCCCGGGACUGGACGCAGGCUCCGGCGCCCGGCCGAACGAGCGAGGGCCCAGGGGCGCCACCGGGCCGCGCGGGCGGGAACGCGCGGCGGCCGCCUCCUCCUCCCUCGCUCCCGCCCGCGGCGGCGGCGGCGGCGGCGGCGGCGCUUCCCCGGCGCGGAGCGGCUUUAAAAGGCGGCACCCCACCCCCCGGCGCACUCGCCGCUCGGGCGCCGCGCGAGCCUGCCGCUGCCAUGCCUCCGCGCGCGCCGCCUGCGCCCGGGCCCCGGCCGCCUCCCCGGGCCGCCGCCACCGCCGCCGCCGCCGCGGGCGCAGGGGGCGCAAGGGGCGCCGACGGACCAGGGCUCCGGCCGCUCGCACUGCGCCCCUGGCGCUGGCUGCUGCUGCUCGCGCUGCCCGCCGCCUGCUCCGCGCCGCCGCCGCCGCGUCCCGUCUACACCAACCACUGGGCAGUGCAAGUGCUGGGCGGCCCGGCCGCCGCGGACCGCGUGGCCGCCGCGCACGGCUACCUCAACUUGGGCCAGAUUGGAAACCUGGAAGAUUACUACCAUUUUUAUCACAGUAAAACCUUUAAAAGAUCAACGUUGAGUAGCAGAGGCCCUCAUACCUUCCUCAGAAUGGACCCCCAGGUGAAAUGGCUCCAACAGCAAGAAGUGAAACGCAGGGUGAAGAGACAGGUGCGAAGCGACCCUCAGGCCCUUUAUUUCAAUGACCCCAUUUGGUCCAACAUGUGGUACAUGCAUUGUGGCGACAAGAACAGCCGAUGCCGGUCAGAAAUGAACGUCCAGGCGGCAUGGAAGCGGGGCUACACAGGAAAGAAUGUGGUGGUCACCAUCCUUGAUGAUGGCAUAGAGAGAAAUCACCCAGACCUGGCUCCAAAUUAUGAUUCCUACGCAAGCUAUGAUGUCAACGGGAACGAUUAUGACCCAUCGCCACGCUAUGAUGCCAGCAAUGAAAAUAAACACGGCACCCGUUGCGCAGGAGAAGUUGCUGCUUCGGCCAACAACUCUUACUGCAUCGUGGGCAUAGCGUACAACGCAAAAAUAGGAGGCAUCCGUAUGCUGGACGGCGAUGUGACAGAUGUGGUUGAGGCCAAGUCCCUGGGCAUCAAACCCAACUACAUUGACAUUUAUAGUGCCAGCUGGGGCCCGGACGACGAUGGGAAGACGGUGGAUGGGCCCGGCCGACUGGCUAAACAAGCUUUUGAGUAUGGCAUUAAAAAGGGCCGGCAGGGCCUGGGAUCCAUUUUCGUCUGGGCCUCUGGGAAUGGUGGGAGAGAGGGGGACUACUGCUCCUGUGAUGGCUACACCAACAGCAUUUACACCAUCUCUGUGAGCAGCACCACCGAGAAUGGCCACAAGCCCUGGUACCUAGAGGAGUGUGCCUCCACCCUGGCUACCACCUACAGCAGCGGGGCCUUCUAUGAACGGAAAAUUGUCACCACGGAUUUGCGUCAGCGCUGCACAGAUGGCCACACUGGGACCUCGGUCUCAGCCCCCAUGGUGGCGGGCAUCAUCGCCUUGGCUCUAGAAGCAAACAGCCAGCUAACCUGGAGGGAUGUCCAGCACCUGCUAGUGAAGACAUCUCGGCCAGCCCACCUGAAAGCCAACGACUGGAAAGUGAACGGCGCUGGGCAUAAAGUUAGCCAUCUCUAUGGAUUUGGCUUGGUGGAUGCAGAAGCUCUCGUGCUGGAGGCAAAGAAGUGGACAGCAGUGCCAUCCCAGCAUAUGUGUGUGGCCACUUCAGACAAGAGGCCCAGGAGCAUCCCUGUGGUGCAGGUACUACGGACCACUGCCUUGACCAAUGCCUGCGCUGACCACUCAGACCAGCGAGUGAUCUACCUAGAACAUGUGGUAGUCCGCAUCUCCAUCUCACACCCCCGCCGCGGAGACCUCCAGAUCAACCUGAUUUCUCCCUCAGGAACCAAAUCUCAACUUUUGGCCAAGAGGUUGCUGGAUUUUUCCAAUGAAGGCUUCACAAACUGGGAAUUCAUGACUGUCCACUGUUGGGGAGAAAAGGCAGAAGGGGAAUGGACCUUGGAAAUUCAAGACAUGCCAUCCCAGAUCCGCAACACAGAGAAACAAGGGAAGUUGAAAGAGUGGAGCCUCAUUUUAUAUGGCACAGCGGAGCACCCCUACCAUACCUUCAGUUCCCAUCAGUCCCGCUCGCGGAUGCUGGAGCUCUCAACCCCACAGCUGGAGCCACCCAAGGCUGCUAAGUGGCUGUCCCAGGCUGAGGGGCUGGAGGAUGAAGAAGAUUACACAGCUCCUCCCAUCCAAGUCUCUCCUAAUGUCUUACAGACCAGUGUGUGCCAUCCAGAGUGUGGGAACAAAGGCUGUAAUGGCCCCAAUGCAGACCAAUGCUUGAACUGUGUCCAUUUCAGCCUGGGGAACGCCAAGACCAGCAGGAAGUGCGUGAGCUCCUGUCCCUUAGGCUAUUUUGGGGACACAGCAGCAAGACGCUGUCGAAGAUGCCACAAGGGGUGUGAGACCUGCUUGGGCAGGAACCCAACACAGUGCCUGUCUUGCCGCCGCGGGUUCUAUCAUCACCAGGAAACGAACACCUGUGUGACCCUCUGUCCUGCUGGAUUUUACGCUGAUGAAAGUCAGAAAAACUGCCUUAAAUGCCAUCCAAGCUGUAAAAAGUGUGUGGAUGAACCUGAGAAAUGUACUGUCUGUAAGGAAGGAUUCAGCCUUGCACGGGGCAGCUGUCUUCCAGACUGUGAGCCAGGCACCUACUUUGAUUCUGAGUUGAUCAGAUGUGGAGAAUGCCACCAUACCUGCCGAACCUGCGUGGGGCCCAGCAGAGAAGAAUGUAUUCACUGUGCAAAAAACUUCCACUUCCAAGACUGGAAAUGUGUGCCAGCUUGUGGUGAGGGCUUCUACCCAGAGGAGAUGCCUGGCUUGCCCCACAAAGUGUGUCGAAGGUGUGAAGAGAACUGCCUGAGCUGCGAGGGCUCCAGCAGGAAUUGCAGCAAAUGUAAGACAGGCUUCACACAGCUGGGGACCUCCUGCAUCACCAACCACACGUGCAGCAACGCUGAUGAAACCUUCUGCGAGAUGGUGAAAUCCAACCGGCUCUGCGAACGGAAGCUCUUCAUACAGUUCUGCUGCCGCACGUGCCUCCUGGCUGGGUAGGGGUACCAGCCGCCCUCAGAGUGCAGGGCCUCUCCUGUCCAUCCAUCUACCCAUCCACCUUCCUCUACACUGUUGGCCAGAACCUGUUGCAGGGGCAGUGCUCAGCGUCUGACAGUUUUAUCUCCCCAGAAGCCAGAUCCUYCUGCAGCAUCUGUAGGUACCUGAACCAGGUGGGUGGUGGCCCUUAAGGACAUGCUCCUGAAACAAGGAUACCCUCUGAAACUCUGCUUGCUGGCUACAGUCUUCUGGCAAACUCAAAAUGGGAACAAAAUGAAUUACAAGAAUCCACAGCUCCAGCUUCAGAGCAGCUUCUAAGACCCUAAGUUUACUGAAUCUUUAAGACCAAAGCAGAAAGGAAAUUCGCUUGGUAUCACACAUUGCUCUCCCUCCCAUGCUUUUGCGCGGCUCUGUAGUAAAUCUCACCAGCCUGCUGGCAGGACCCUUGGCUGUCCUCACACGUGAUGAAGAGCCCAGCCACCUACCUGUGCAUCACCUGCCACAGUGCAGCCUGGGGGACAGUUUGGUCAGACUGUAAAUAAAAUAGUCAUAAAAUGUAUGACUGCUGGGGAUGGAAUCUACAUAGUCAGCUCCUUUUGAAACUGCAGCAGCAGCUUAGAAAGUCCUAUACCAAACCCAGAUCAGAAAACUCUUCCUCUCUCUGCAGCAUUCUCUGAGUGAGCCCAGCUGUCCUGUGACUGUGUUCUGCCUGUGUCUCUAGGAGUCCCCUGGGCCCAAAUGAUCACUCUACCUGAUGCAGAGCCUUUGGAGGAAGGUCCCAAGAAGGCAUUCCAGGGCCAGCCAAAAGAUACCCCAAUGACCAAGCAAUUCCACUUAACAAAAUGUAAACCGAGCCCACGAAUCUAAUCAUCCAUUCCUUUCCAUUUUAUGGAAWUGCUUUUAAAAUAUGUCUGGCACGGCCUCAGUGCUUCAGGAGACUUGCUCUCAAGGUGGAUGCUCCUGUGUCUGUAUAGUAUGAGCCUACGUGACAUGGCUGGAUUUAUUUCUGCCAAACCUGUGUAGGCAUUUUAUAAGCUACGUGUUCUAAUUUUUACCAAUGUUAAUUAUUUUGACAAAUAUUUCAUAUAUUUUCAUUGAAAUACACAGAUCUGCUUGAUCAAUUCCCUUUAAUAUGGGAAUAACAUUUGCCUUAAAUUUUUUCAACCUUGUCUCUCCAUAGUGUCCUGCUCCCCUCUUUGACAAUAAUGUGUUUGCCUUCUCACCUGUGAGCUGGCAAGAACCCAGCUGUUGUCUAUUGAAUCCAUGACUCUGAAAAAUAAAUCAGUGAAGCAAAUACAAUGUUAACCCUAAAUUAAUAAAAGAGUUAACAUCUCCUGG